UGUCCGUCAGCCAAAUUGCUCCGAAUGCCUGGAGGAUUUUUAUUGGUGCUGAGAUCCUUUGGGGUCGCUUGAGUGGGGGGAACCGUCAGCUUUCGCUAGACGAGUUCUUUUAUUGCUACAGACCCCAGCAUAAAGUAUCUGCCAAGGGGACUUACCAUUUUGCUCCACGUGAGAAGAGCUUAAGAUUAGUGUUUGAUAUGCCAGACUCCAAUAGAAAUUGGAAGAAUAGAUUUUUCUUUGUUAAAGGGACGGAUUGGGUGUGCCGUCCAGGUGAGUGGGAUACACUGCCUGGCGGUUAUUUUGAUAACACUUGGGCCUAUAUUAGGGAGUCAGGUUGCCCCCUUGUCUUUCUUCUUACCGUCUCUUUUCAUUUAUCAGGGAGUUUUCUUGAGUCCGUCUCCUUUAACACCGUCUAUUCCCUUUUAUUUCAGCUAGUGCUCGCCCGGAGAUAUCUGACGAACAAAGGGAAUUUAUCCGUCGGAUACUUGGCAUAUCGCUUGAGCAACGGAAGUGUAGGGACUUGAUCACCCUAGACACCCUCCAUUUGUAUUGUGGGGGUCCAGAGCCGACGGUUGAAGCUCGGAAGUUGGAAGAAUUUUCUCGUAAACAGAUGGAAGCUGCGAAGCAAAGGGUGAGGGCCGCUGCUGCCCGUAAGAAGGAGGAGGAGAAAGCUAAGGGAAAAGAAGGAGCGUCAACCCCUCAUUCCUCUUUGAAGAGUUCAGUUAAGAGGAAGGCUGACGGAAAGGACGAUCCUCCUUCUAAGAAGGUAGCUGUCAGUGCAGGGGAUGUGCCUUCCACGAAGUCGCCUCCCAAGUCUGGUCACGGUGCUGGGAAAGGAGUGAUGACCUCUUCUGGUCCCGUCAUUGAGGGACCCCGUUGCUUGCUGACCCACAAGGAUUAUGCUGUUGAGGGGGUAGAAUCCCUCAUAAAACAGACGGAUCUUGACCCUUGUGCUCAGCUAGGGACGGAAGACCUGGGGGCGUCAGCUUUCUUUGACAUAGCACGGGCCUUGGUUCGUGUAAAAGCACUUCAAGACCGGUGCGUGGCCAAAGAAGGCGUCGUUUCUCGGGUUAGGAGGCAUAACGCCAAUCUGAUGGAUCAGCAAGCGCAAUAUAAGGAGGCCGUCCGUCUCUUAAACUCAGAGCUGAAGGAUGUAAAGGAGAAGUUGGGAGAGGCUGAGGGUCAGCAGAAGAAGCUUGAGGAGGAGGUUUCAUCCUUACGUGCACAAGUAGAGACGGCUGGGACUGAUGCGGUCCAAAAAUUCAAGACAACCCAGUCAUUUAUUGACUCCUGCGCUGAUUAUUACGGCACAGGUUUCGACGAUUGUCUGAGGCAGGUAGCGUCAGCUUAUCCAGAGUUGGAUCUAUCCGGAAUUACCAUGGACGCCUCCGUGCCGAUGACUCCUGCUCGUGAAACUGUUGCUGACAAAGGUGACGGACCUAUUAGUUUGGACUCUUUGCUUAAUGAUGCCGGAGUUAUUUUGGCUCAGCCAGCCGUCACUAUUCCUGCCGAGUCUUCAGAUGCGGCACAAAUUGCCAAGGAUAAAGCUGACGGGGUCUCCAAGGAUGUUCCUGCCAUUUAACCAUAGCUUUUCUAUUGUAAUUUUUGAACAAUGUUUUUAAAUGUCCUUUUGUUUAUUGGGCUUUUUACCUGUAACUCUAUUUGCCCCUUUUUAUGGCACUUGGAAUUCGUCGCUUUGAACAUGUAUACUGAUUCUAAUUUCUUAUGGCCCCAUUUAUUUGAUGAGAUCGUUAUUUUUUUGAUUUUUUAGCCCCUUUUUAUCAUUUCUACGGGCUUGUUGGUUUGAGAACCACGUUUGUAAGUAGGGUCUUACUUUUUCGUUAGACCGUCAUCUAUUGGACCGUCUGCCUUAUAGGUCCGUUAGUUUUAGGACCUGGUCCAUAUGAUGAUAUUUUCAUCUAUUGGAUUGUUGACUUUGUUGGACCGUGACUUUUUUAAUUUUGGUUUUUCCGGACCGUUGUUUUCUUGGCCUUAGCCUUGACGUUUUUGACACCUUUAUUAGUCCGUCAGUUUUUUAAGUCCU